AUGUCAAGAAAAUGGGGCAGAACAUCCUACUGGAUCCUCUCGGUCGGAACGCUGCUGAACGUCGCCCUUUUCUGCGGCACAGUGUUGAUAUACAUGCAAAGUCAAAGUCCAAGCACUCCCGGACCGCUCAAAUCGGACAUCAAAGACGCCUGGGACGCUGUCCAGUACGAGACGAGAACCUUCACCGGAGCGCUCAAAUGGGAUCGAGAUUCUGGGAAUCUACAUCGGGAACAGGAUUACAGCGUCGAGUACUUUGGACCGCCAUCAGACAAGCUCGAUGAAAUCUGGGAAGAGCUAUUGCAUGAUGAGUUCGUGCCAAUGACCAAAGAAGAAUCAUCGCCAUUCCUCCCAGACCUUAGGGACUAUCCGGGCAAAGACACGCCCCUGUUUGAGCCGGGUCUUUUCCAUAGUUUGCAUUGCCUGAAUGCUUUGCGAAAGCUCGUCUCGAAGCACAUGUACAAUAGUACAUCUACGCUGGAGGAGGAUCCAAAGGAUUUCAUGCCGUCCGAGAUCGCACACAAUGAACACUGCAUGGACCGUAUCCGACAGUCUUUGAUAUGCGCGGGAGAUUUGACCCCGAGUCCCAUGUAUUGGUGGGAUGGAUUUGGCAUGGCGGUUGGAAGGACAGGACCUCAGACCUGUCGGAAGUGGCAGCCCAUUAGGGAGUGGAUGGAUGGGCGAAGGGAGCAUAACGAUAGCCAGGCUUGA